AUGUUUGCCAUCCAGCCAGUGCUAGCUGAUGGGGGCCAUUUCCUGGGGGGCCCACCUCCUGGGAUAUGCCCGCCUGAACUCCAACCAGACAGCAACUCCAACUUCAUGGCAAGUGCUAAGGAUGCCAAUGAGAACUGGCAUGGGAUCCCAGGCAAAGUGGAACCCAUUCUGAUGGGCAGUUCCCCUGAGACGCCCUCUGACAACCAGGCUUUCCAGGUCCCUGGAUUCCCUGAGGAGGAGAUUCGCAGUCCCCCAGAAGGUGCAGAGAUUCCCAGGGCUGAGCCUGAGAUGAAUGGUGUCAGCACAGCCUGCUCCCCGCUGGAGGACAUCGGCUAUGCCAGCAGCUCUCUAAGCAUUGACAGUCCUAGCAGCAACCCUGAGUCUGUCUGUGAGACCCCUGGAGGCCAUGACCCUCCAGAUCCCCUUCUCCCCUCAGUGGCCCAGGCAGUGCAACAACUGGAGGCUCAGGAGCGCUACAAAGAGCAGGAAAAGGAGAAGCACCAUGUACACUUGGUGAUGUACCGCCGCCUGGCCCUGCUCCAGUGGAUACGGGGCCUGCAGCACCAGUUGGUUGAUCAGCAGGCCCGCCUGCAGGAGAGCUUUGAUACUAUCUUAGAUAACCGAAAGGAGCUUAUCCGCUGUCUCCAGCAGAGGGCAGCACCAUCCCAGGACCAGCACUAA